CCGAAAUCCGAAUGUUUAGCUUUUAACACAGUUAAACAAUUGCAUGAAAUAAACAAUUGUUGACUGUUAAUGUUGUGAAUAUUUCUAUGAAAUAUGUAUAUAUUUAGUAAAAAAACAGUUUCUAGAAUUCUUAAUUUCCUUUGCUUUGGUGUUGUGGUAUUGGCUUGGGUGUACACAAUCAUAGCUGGCAGGUGGGCGGGGCAGCGGUACUUGAAGGACUUGCUUGCAGAAGAAGCAGCAACACAGGCAUUGUAAUGGAGGUAAAAAAGGAGAAAUCUGCUAUGCUGAGCAACUAUGAGGUCUUAGCGCUCUUGCAGGACAUUCAGAAAGGUCACAACAAGCAGAAAAAGAUGCACACAAACAUUGCUACUGUCUCUUAUGAAAUAAUCCAGCACUUAGAAAACACUGCCUGUGCUAAACAAUCUCCAGAGGUGAUCUCAAAUUUUAUGAAAGCACUUGAGCCAUAUAAAUUAACAAAAGCGGAAAAACUUCAGUUUUUAAACCUCCGUCCUAGGACAGCUGUAGAGAUUCAGUUGAUUGUUGAAGAGAGUGAGGAGAGGCUGACAGAAGAUCAGAUCUAUGAGCUUCUGGACCUCUUAGGCCAACAUCUCCCUGGAGAUGACACUGAACAGGAACAGGAGGAGAUGGAAGAGGAAGAGAUUGUGGACCAAGAAUAGUUUGCUAGUAGACACAAUUAUAUAUAUGAAGUGUAGAUUGUAGAGUGUGUGAAGUGAAUACUAAGUGAAUGGUACAAUACAUUAGGCCAAUAACAAUAGUAAAGUUUUAAAUAUUGUCAAUCUUUAUACUCCCUGAAGGGAGAGCAUGUAGUAGCAGCUUUGUCCAUCCAUGCCUCUUUCCUCAACAAACUUUGCCAUAUAGAUAUAUCUGGUAUUUUAAAAAAAGCACUUGAAAAGUACCAUUUUCCAAUUGGUGCUUUUCUGAAUUUGUACCCUGUCCGGGAGCAUACAUCAUUUCUGAUGAUAGUCAUGUUACAUUGUGUCUGAAGAUGUAAACAUGUGUCACAUCAAACCUUAAGACUGCAUCUCUUAGUAAGGAAACACUUAAUAAAUUGUUUUUGCCAUGAUAAAGCUUGUGUUUUUAUACUUGAAUGACAUUCAUGUAUAUUGUUAGUGUAUGCACUAUAUUAUGAAGAUGAUUAUACGCAAUUAAACUUCUGAUAUCUAACUUUUCCGAUGUUGCCUGCGAACAAAAAACAAAUAUUCUGCCUGCUA